AAUGCAUGCUAAUCAUGGUGUGUUUCAGGCAGGCUAAGGAGAAAUCCAAGGCCUAUAUGUGUUCAAAAGACGUACCACUAAGCCAAUGGAUUCGUCUUAUUACGAUAAAUGGGGUUGAAAUCGAAACAAUCGGCCUAUAUUUGACCAAAAUGGGUCAAUCAAAUGGUCCUUGCAACUCAUAAUGAAGGAUUUCCUCUGCGUUAAAAAAAUUGUGUCUUGUGAUUUUUAUCAUCUACAGGGGAAAUCCUUCAUAAUUGCUACCAGAUUACUACCAUAUUCCCUCGCAUUUCUGUUGCGCAUUGCCUCACAAAUAAAAGUUUUAUGAAGUUCAUACUAAUUUAAUUGUCAUAUUUUGACUGAUUUUGGCGAUUGUUAAUUAUUUCAAUGCAGCAUGGAGCAGAUAGCUCUCAUAGUUGCUGAAGAAUGAGGCUUUUGCUUGGUUAUUUUCAAGUUAUCUGUGAUUUGGUGCGCCGUGAUCGUAGCAUUAUACAAAUUAUAUCAACUUUAAAAAUUGAAUCAACUUUUGAAGUGAAGUUCACAUGAAAAACCAAAAGUUCAAGCAUAAUAAUUGUUUAAACAUAAUGAUGCAACAUGUGUCUCCCAGAUGGAACUUAUAUUUCAAUUGAAAACUGAAAAUGGAAAACAGAAGAUGGAUCUGCGGAGUUACUGAGAUCACAAGCAUGCCCAGCCACUCCCAGCUGCUGCGCGGCGUGGCGCUGCUGCUGUCUGCGGUCACCCUCAGCCGACUGCAGGGCCCUGCCACCGACUGCUGGGCCGUCGCCUGGCUGCUGCCCGUGGCCGCCAGCCUCCUCCUCACCGCCGGCUGCCUGGCCGCCCUGACCGAGGCCACAUCGACCGUCAGCGCCAUGCACAUCGCCGUGGUCAGCCUGGCCAUGCUACAGGCGCUGCUCAUGAUGCUGUACUUCCUGCGGCGCCGGCGCGCGCUGGCCGCGCUGCUGCGCCGGACGGCUGCUCUGGAGCGGGCGUCGGCGGCCGCCGGUACCCCCGGGGAGCGGGUCACCGUGCACGUGCAGUUCGCCGUGAUCAUCGCCCUCAGCUUGACCGCCUGCGUCUCAUCCAUGCUCCAGUUUUUCGGCAGCGGAGCGCUGGAGCCGCCCAACUACCCGAACCCGCUGCUGGUGCCGGCGGCGCUGACCACGCCCGCCUGGUACCGGGCGAUCGUGGCGCUGGGGGUGCUCCACGACGUCCUGAUGUCUGCCGUGAACGCCGGCGUCGACCUGCUGCUGAUCGGUCUCGCGGACGCGAUGGCGCUGCUCCUGUCGCGGAUGGCCGGCGUGCUGGAGCGGGAGUUUGAGGACCCAGAGGAGCUGGGGGACGGGAUGAGCCCCGAGGAGGGCAGGGUCGAGGAUAAUCCCACAGAGAAGGCGUUCGUCGUUGGUACAGUGGGCCUGGUAAAGGUACACAAGGAGCCACUCACGGUGAGCGACACGGAUGCAGUGACCUAUGGAGGUAGAGCGGCCGUUUCGUCGGCGAGGGUCCGACCGGUGGAUGUCAGCCCCUCGCCGAAUCAGCCGGGUCCCGGGUGUCUCCUGCGUGACCUGGCGGCCACCCAGCGGGCGGUGCAGCGUCUCAUCUCCUCCGCCGCCGACUUCUGCUCCCCGCCGCUCAUCUGCCUCUACACCAGCAUCACCAGCAUGCUGCUCAUGUCCAUCUACAUCUGCAUCAAGGCGCUCGGCGACGGCGGCGGCGGCGCGACGACCUACCUGGCGUACGUGGCGCUCAUGCUGCUCCGGCUGCUGACGGUCAGCUGCGCCGGCAGCCGGCUGGCCGAGCAGGGUGAGCGGCUGCACGAGGCGCUGGCCGACGGCCGCUGGCCCCAGCGGCGGCUGACGGCCGAUCAGCUGCUCACGCUGCAGCUGCUGCUGGAGCGCACCCGCCGGCCCACCGCCUUCCACGGCUGGGGACUCUUCAACGCCGAGAAGACCACCGUGCUCUCCAUCCUGGGCUUUAUUCUCACCUACAUCGUCAUCCUGCUUCAGAUGAUCCACAACUAGGGAUUCACUGCACUGCCGCCUCCAUCAGGACAGCGGCUUGCAUGUAUUCGUUGAAAAAAUAUAUCAUCGUUACAAUCGUCUAGUCACUGGUUACCUCAGAGUGUCUUUUUCUGCUGUAUGUAUUAUGUGGCCCGGAGAGGCCGAAGUACAGUGAAGGUAUGCAUUUUUGGAAACGCAGUGGCAACUGCGCUAUAAGGCAUCGUUUUCAGCAGCAUUGUCUGUUGGUGUUACAUUCAAGGUAAUAAAUAUUUAUGUGUUUCAUAUGUCAGCUGGACAGUUCUGUUCUACGAAUCGCCAGUA